AUGCAAAAGAGCGUGUAUGCCAAUUCACUAGUGUUGCUAUGCUUGGUGGCAACAGCUAUACAGUUUCCGAUGGCUGCAGGCUCAGUCAUAGGAGCUUCUGGAAUGGCCUCGUCAAGGGAUAGUGGUGCUUCGGUCGCUGUGAAUGCCGUUGUCCAGUCCGAAAGUGUAAAACCACUCAACCAAGGCCUGGUUGCACUUGCCGAACGAGACUUAUUAGACGAUGCAAUCAGUGCUCUUAUGAGCUCUGAUGCAACGGACCCCUACAAGCAGAGCAUUGCAGAAUGGACUGUCUUGUCAGUACUUGUAUUCAUCACCUGGUUUGAUUUCCUACUGUAUACUAUUGUCUUUAUCUAUGGAAUGGCCCUAGUUGUUGAUCAGGUCCAUGGAUCCAAAAAGCAACACCGACGGCGAUCAGAAUCGCCCUCACUAAUUGCAUAUUUAUGGGGCCCAGAUGUUUACAACGAACUGAAAUAUCCCCUGUACAAUUCCGUCCUAACACACUUCUUCACCGAAAAGGUCACGCCGUUUUUAUCUAUCAUCGCAUUUAUAGUAGUGCGAUUAUUCAUUGUGCCAUUCAUGUGGUCCGUCAUACCUAUUCCUGGCAUUCCAGUACCUACGACGGCAAUGUUCAAGAUUGCUUUCGUCGUGCUGGUGGCCAUUUACAUGAUCAUGAUGGCUCUACCCAUGAUAGCGGGUAUCGUGUGGAGUUUAAAGUAUCGAGAUGUAGGAGCAUAUGCCUCCUCGUCCAAAAUCCCUAGAAGAUACAGCAGGGAAGAUACUAAACCGACGCCAACCGUUGUGGUUGUGAUGCCCAUUUACCACGAAGAAUUGGGAGCACUAUCUCGUGCAGCACGAUCAGUUUUGGAUUCAUCAUAUCCCGCCCGAUCAUUACAUGCCUAUUUCUCAUUCGACGAUGAAGAAGAAUCAGACCUCUACUUGGGCUUUAUGGAAGAAUUAGGCAUUCCACCCAAGCCUGAUGGCAAAGGCUACCCACAUACAGUCCAUUUAGCUGGUGACGGUGUUUGGAUUACCGUGAAUCGAUUUCCGCACGGUGGUAAAGCUCGCACUCAGGCGCAAACAUACAGGCAAAUCAGAAGAGCGUAUGGACCUGAUGCCGAUGACGUUUACGUCAUGUUUAUGGAUUCCGAUACCAUUUUGGAACGAUACUGUGUUGCCAAUUUCGUUGAUGCUAUGGAACGUGAACGACACCUUGUCAGUAUGACUGGUUUCAUCAGUUGCAUCUCUUCGUCGUUCAACUUUUUGUGGUACCUACAAGACGUCGAAUACGUAGUCGGUCAAGUGUUUAAGAGAGCACUGGAGGCAGCUUUGGGUGCUGUAUGUUGUUUGCCCGGAGCAUUGACAGUCAUUCGUUUAAAUCACUUGAUGUUGGCUGCUGAGCAGUACUUUGUAAAUCUUGACACGAGUCACAUUUUCGACUACCACCGAUUCUAUCUCGGAGAAGAUCGUUUCUUGACUCAACUGCUCAUGGAAGGACAUCCACUACACGCUGUUGGUUUCCAUCCACAUGCUAGAGCAAAGACUGUUGGCCCAGACACCUUUAUGAGCUUCUUGAAACAACGUCGUAGGUGGCUGUUGGGUGCCUUUGCCAACGAAUGUCACUUUAUGGCAUCGUGGACAAUGUGGAAGACUGCACCACUACUUGUGGCGUAUAAACUUCUGGAAUUCGCCUCUCGAUCUGUCGCGUUCUUGCUAUUCGUAGUCCUCUUCCAAAUCUUUACAGGAGUCAAAUAUAGAUUCGCUAUGCUUCUGAUGCUCUUUGUACCCAUGGUUAUCGGAUGGCUCAUCUUGGGUAUAUAUGCCAUAGCACUUCGCCGAGUAAAAGUGUUCUUCAUGUAUCCCUUCCUGGUGUUACUGACACCAUGGCUGUAUUUAAUCACUCUGAUCUACUCGCUGUAUUGUUGGAAUGUAAGGUCGUGGGGAUCACGAGAAGCAGCCAUUCCAUUGAUUAUGGAAGAUGUACCAGGGUUCUUUGGACCAGUAAGAAGGGGAUCACAACGGUCUAGGAUGUCACGAAGCAAUUCACGACGAUCGCUAAAAUCCAAUUAUACGACUCGGACGACGCUGACUACACGUGGUGCAGCUGGAGCUGGUGUGUUGCCACCACGGACGUCCAUGUCUGCUGCCAUGGGAGCUGUAAAAAUCACAUAUGGAGAUAAAGGGGAGGAUUUAGAGUCGACCACCGAUGAUUCACAGCGGUCGUCGGAUACAAUGGUUGGAGGAGCAGCAGCCACUAUAGUAUACGGAACAGAUGUUGGUACAUCACCCUCAUCUCGAGCCGACUCAUCCGAAGAUGUAAAAACACCGAUGACACCACUAGGACAACAUAAUAUUGGUAGAUUAUCAUUUUCGAAUGAUUCAUCUCCAUAUUCGUCAUCACCGACUCCAUCAGAUGACUCUGUAGAUUCGUAUAGGCAAACAGCAGAUGAGAAUGAUGCCGAGAUUCCACCGUCACGCGCCACGUCUCUCAUGUGGCCUCAAGCAUAUGGUAGACCCAUUGUGGCAACUAGUGCUGCUGAUUUACCACCACCUAGGAUGAGUAGUGCAGUGGCAGCUCAACAACAACAGAACGCCUCUUUAGCAUCCUUUAUGACGUCGGAUAUGAGACCAGCACCACCGCCCAAAGAUGAACAUGAUUUGGGGCAAGGGCGACUAUAG